GUGGUCCCCAGGGCUGAGUUUAAAACUACUGAGGACGGACUGGAUGAAAACUAUUAUUCCCAUCAGGCAAAGCGAAUCGUCGACCUUUCACGUCAGACUUCUGAACAUACGUGGCUUCUCCUGAAACUGGCAGCGUCUGGAGUGCACAAUGGAUUUGGAGGCUAUGACCAGAUACACGAGUCCGGUGAAUCCGGCCGUGUUUCCACACCUGACCGUCGUCCUGCUGGCCAUCGGAAUGUUUUUCACGGCAUGGUUCUUCGUUUAUGAAGUGACCUCUACAAAGUACACGCGGGACGUCUACAAGGAGCUGCUUAUCUCCCUAGUGGCGUCCCUCUUCAUGGGCUUCGGUGUGCUGUUUCUGCUCCUCUGGGUUGGCAUAUACGUCUGACGGUAACGGAGACAAGGUCAAAGACAAAGGCGAACAUUCCAGUGUGUCAGAAGUCGAACCGCAUCACCAUGGCACCACAGGCCAUCACCAUGGAAAUUGGGAUUGUAAUUGGACUUUGCACUGACAAGAGGGUGGAGAUGGGUGUGACAUGGUUGUGGGCAUUAGUGGGGCUCAAUGGCGUAGGGCUUUGGAUGGAUUCUAUUCAGAAAUAAAGAUUUUUGUUUAAAAAAUUACAAACAAAAAAAAACUCAGGUGCCCUUGGAAUUUAUUAUGAUACACUAACGCAUGAAUUCUCUGUACAUUAAUGAAUUAGAAUUGAUUUUUUCAUAUUCUUCACUCAACAAAAACUUUUGCACAUGAAACAAUAAGUUUGAUUGAAAUUAAGGGCAGAGCACACAGAAAUAUGUGUGUGUGCAAUACCACAAAAUGAAUUCAGUAGUGUACUGUAACUAAAAUGGUACAAGAUAAAACUGAGUGGGACUAA